AAUAACUUGCUUAAUAUUAUUCGACUAAGCUAAACAAAAUGGAGCAUUACUACUUCUACUCCUCCUUCUUCGGCCGGUUUACUACAUUUGUGGUUUUGUUGGUGGUUUUACACGGCGGCGGGGGCGGCUCCAGCACCGCGAAAGCCGCCACAAAGCUACAGUGGAACGAGAGUGUUUUGGCAAUUCAGGCGUUUGGAGACUCAUUCCUUGACACUGGCAACAACAACCAUCUUAUCUCCAUAACCAAAUGUGAUUUUCCUCCUUAUGGAAGAGAUUUCAUUGGUGGAAAACCCACUGGAAGAUUCUCCAAUGGAAAAGUUAUCUCCGACCUCUUUGCCGAAGCAUUGGGAGUGAAGGGACUUUUGCCUUCAUACCAUGACAAAGACUUGAAAAUUAAGGAUCUUCAAACAGGUUUAUGUUUUGCCUCAGGUGGCUCCGGAUAUGAUCCUUUAUCAUCCAAAAUAAAUCGAGUUAUCCCUCUAUCAGAUCAAAUAGAGUUCUUCAAAGAUUAUAAGAGAAGGCUGAAAAGAGGUGUUGGAGAAGAAAGAACAAAGAGUAUAAUAGAGAACAGUCUCUUUCUAACAUCAGCUGGUAAUAAUGACAUCUUAUUCAGCUACUUUGGAACCAAACUUAGACAAAUCAACUAUGAUGUUCCUUCCUACACUGACCUUUUGGUUAACUUUGCUUCUCAUUUUUUCAGGGAUUUAUAUGAUUUGGGUGCAAGAAAAUUUGGUGUUCUUAAUACAUCACCACUGGGGUGUCUACCAUUUUCAAGAACAAUAGAUGGAGGCAUUGCAAGAGGUUGUGCCAAUGAUUACAACGAAGCAGUAAAAAUGUUCAACCACAAGCUCUCUUCUCACUUAACUUCCCUCAGCCACCAACUCCCUCAUUCUACUAUGGUUUAUAUUGAUCUUUACAACCCUCUUCUUGAUAUCAUCCUACAAUCUACCAAAUAUGGUUUUGAAAUAUCAAAAAAAGGGUGUUGUGGAAGUGGAGCUCUAGAGACAGCGAUACUUUGCAACAAGUUUAGUAUUGGAAGCAGUUGUGCUAAUACAUCUGAGUAUGUGUUUUGGGACUCUCUUCAUCCCUCUGAAUUAGCUUACAAAGCACUCGUUUCUCAACUCAUUCCACAACUCUAUAAUUAAUAAUGGGUUAUUUAUUUAUUUAUUAUACUCAUUGUUACUAUUAGUUAUCUUUGUCGUAUUCAUAUCAAUAAUUCUUAUUGUUUUUCAUUUAAUUUAACAUAUAUGAAUAUCCAAUUUAUUAAUAAUACAUUAUUUGAAGUUGAA